AUGUCGAAUUCGUCGUUGGAUGGUUCCCAAACCACGCGCAGGGUCAAUACAGAGUCAUUAUCACAAGACGAUCCAGUCCUGCAAAGCAGUCAAGAUCUCCCCUCGACGACCCCCAAAUGCGAGGCACGACCUACGAACAAGUAUGGAGUGAUGAAGCCACACCAAGUCACCAUGAUGAUUGCGUAUGCGUUUGUUGGUGUGGUGGUAUAUCUGGUUUUGUGUGCGGCUGGAGAAGUGGCAUCAUGGUCUCCAGUCCAGUCCACAGUGGCUGGCCAUGCGGUUCGGUUUUGUGAUCCUGCUUUGGGCUUUGCGAUUGGUUGGAUAUACUGGUUGAAAUACGUCGUCGUCGUCCCGAAUCAAUUGACAGCUGCUGCAUCAUUGAUCUCGUUCUGGGCGGAAACGCAGUGCGUCAACGCCGGGGUUUGGAUUACUGCGUUCUUGAUUAUCAUCAUUACUGCGAAUUACUAUGCAUCGUCAUUCUUUGGGACAUAUGGAGUCGUAUUGUCGUCCUUUAAGAUAUUCGUGGUGCUGGGACUUGUCAUACUGUGUGCCGCUUUUGCGGUUGGGAUCCGCUCCGAAGCUUUAAAUUGGAGGGAUUCUAAUUUUCAUCAUGAAGAUGUCGAAUGGCCUGAGUAUCUCUAUGCUCUUUGUGACACUCUACCGUCUGCAAUACUCGCCUACCUAGGCAGUGAAAUGAUCGGGAUGACUAUUCUACAGACACAAGACCCUCGCAAGACCACUGCGCGUGCGAUUAGAUUGACAUCCUACCGGAUUGUGGUGCUCAACAUUGUCAGUAUCAUCGUCGUGGUAAUACUUGCCCUUUACGGUUUGGUCAGGUCGAAUGAAAAUGACAACCUUCCCAUGUCAGCUCUUAUUGUGGCAAUUCAAAUGGCGGGCAUUCCAGUGCUUCCACACAUCGUCAAUGCCUGCAUUCUGCUGUUUGCACUGUCAUCUGCUACCUCUAGCCUCCACGUGGCGACUGGAACAUUGUACCGAAUGUCUCUGGAUAAAAAGGCCCCUGCCUGUCUGUCCUUCACAGAUCGACGAGGGAUUCCCAUCUCUGGGUUGUGCCUGUCUUCCUGUUUGGCAACGCUGGCCUAUUUGAAUGUUUUUGCCGACUCCAAGUUCCUCUUUCGCUACUUCAUGAACCUUGUCACCAUGCUCAGUAUUCUGACCUGGGUUUCCAUUCUUGCCACGCAUCUUUCGUUUGACCAAGCCCGGAGAGCGCAAAGGAUUCCGGAUGAGGUCCUGGUAUUCAAAGCACCACUGGGACAGUUUGGGUCAUGGGUUGCGCUCGUCUCAUGCGUCAUGAUCACUUUGUUCAGGACUUUUGGUAUCUUCGACCAUCACGGAGUUGACUACACGGCAUUUGCAACCUCGUAUCUGGGCCUUCCUCUCUACUUCUCGCUCAUCAUCGGAUACAAAGCCACCACUCGGUGCAGGAAAGUCGAUCCCACUGAGGCAGGUCUUUUCAACGACGUAGCACCCAUUAACACAGUGGAACCUGGGUCUUUAAGUGGAGAAUUUGCAAAAGCACAUGAUAGACAUACACAAAGGGUGCAGCAGUUUGUGAGACUUUGGGUGCUUUGA